AUGAAGACUACCGCCGCCCUCGUCAUCCUCUCCGCCGCCGCCGCCCAGGCCGCCAUCACCUUUGAGCAAUUCCCCGCCAAGGGCGUGACCUGCCCCAACAGCGAUGCCAGCGGCCAGCUGACCAGCGACACGGCCGCCCUCAAGGCCGCUGCCGAGGCGGCAAAGGACGGCAAGCCGUACGAGCAGUCAGCCUCGAACAUCUCAUCCGGCGCGUGCUCGUCGCUGAAGCUGCCUUACUUCAUCACCACCACCAACCAGGCCAAUGGCGAGCCGGCGGCUAACUUGAGCUUUGCCUGGGAUGAGGCGAACGAGACCAUUUACUACUGCGGCGCGCAAGGGCUGUUCAGCACGAACGGAAGUGGCUACCCGGAUAGCUGCGACCAGCUCUGA